GAUCGAUGAAGAUCGAGUUUAUUGAAGCGAGAAAAGUUACGUAAGGUUUUGGAACUAUUUAAGUUAUAACACCAAAAACUACAAUUUAGAAGCGAAAUAAGAAAAAUUGAAACAAUGUCAAAGACUCUAAUAUUUGCUGUGUUUCUUUUAAUAAAAUUGUCCGAUUGUUUCUCAUGGGAUGAGAUUUCAAAAAGUGUUGAAGAUGAAAAUGAUGAAGAUCAUGUAAAUUCAUUUCUUGAAGAACAAAAACAACAAGGAUUUUCAGAAAAAGAAGUAUUUGAAAAAGUUCAAAAUGAUGAAUCCAUUGCUAGGAAAUUAGUUGCAACUAAAAUUAUUAAAACCGAAGACGGUGGGCAAAAAAGAGUUAUACUUUUUGGAACUAAGUAUUGUGGUCAUGGAAACAGUUCAAAAUCAGAUGAAGAACGCGGAUUUUUUAAUCAACUCGAUGACUGCUGUUUUGAACAUGAUAAAUGUAAAUUAAGUAUUGGAGCAGGACAAUUCAGAUGGGGUUUACAUAACACUAAAGAUUAUACUAUAUCCGACUGCAAAUGCGACGACAAAUUUUAUUACUGCUUAAAAGACGUGAGGGGUUUCCUACAAAAACCAUUGGCAUUCGCUACUGGCAAGCUGUUUUUUAACUUAAAAAAUAUCAAGUGCAUCGAAAUACCAAAUGGAUUUGACCCUGAUAGUGAUAAAGCAUCUUACAAGAAUACAUACGAGCCUACACCAGAUGGUUCCCCACAACCAUACUUUCGUGCUCCUAAACAUUAUAAGUAGUUUAAAAUAUCUUUAUAAAUGUUAUAUAAAAUAUUAUUAUUUAAAUUAAUAUAUUUCAA